AUGGAGGGGCCGAGUGGGUCCAGCUUCGGGAUAGACACGAUCCUGUCGGGCGGCAGCACCGGCAGCCCUGGAGUCAUGAACGGAGACUUUCGCCCCCACGGCGACGGCCGGACGGCGGAUUUUAGGAGCCAGGCCACGCCGUCGCCCUGCUCGGAGAUCGACACGGUGGGGACGGCGCCCUCGUCGCCCAUCUCGGUGAGCAUGGAGCACCCCGAGCCUCACCUAGGGGUGGCGGAGAGCCUCCCGCCGCCGCCUCACCACCUUCACCUCGGCCCGCACCCGCCGCCGCCGCCUUCGAGUUUGCAGCCGUCGCCCCCGCAACCGCCGCCGCCCCAGUUGGGCUCGGCCAGCUCCGGCCCGAGGACUUCCACCUCUUCUUUUUUAAUUAAGGACAUUUUGGGCGACAGCAAACCACUAGCGGCGUGUGCACCUUACAGUACCAGCGUUCCCUCUCCUCAUCACACCCCUAAGCAGGAAGGCAGCGCGGCCCCGGAGACCUUCAGGCCCAAACUCGAGCAGGAAGACGGUAAAGCCAAGCUCGACAAGCGCGACGACACGCAGGGUGACAUCAAAUGCCACGGGACAAAGGAGGAGGGCGACCGGGAGAUCAGCAGCAGCCGGGACAGCCCACCAGUGCGGGCCAAGAAGCCACGGAAGGCUCGGACCGCUUUCUCCGACCACCAGCUCAACCAGCUGGAGCGCAGCUUCGAGCGGCAGAAAUACCUGAGCGUGCAGGAUCGCAUGGACCUGGCCGCCGCCCUCAACCUCACCGACACGCAGGUGAAAACCUGGUACCAGAAUCGGAGGACGAAGUGGAAGCGGCAGACGGCGGUGGGCCUGGAGCUGCUGGCCGAGGCCGGGAACUACUCCGCCCUGCAGAGGAUGUUCCCCUCGCCCUAUUUCUACCAUCCCAGCCUGCUAGGCAGCAUGGACAGCACGACGGCGGCCGCAGCGGCCGCGGCCAUGUACAGCAGCAUGUACCGGACUCCCCCUGCGCCGCACCCCCAGCUCCAGCGGCCACUGGUGCCGCGGGUGCUGAUCCAUGGGCUGGGGCCUGGCGGGCAGCCGGCCCUCAAUCCCCUGGCCAACCCCAUGCCCGGCACUCCACAUCCCCGGUGA